AUGAGUACAAUACAAAACCUCAAGAACUUCAUCCGCCAUGGGAAACAGGCGCGUAUGUCUGUUGCCCACGGUGAACCCACCACAAACGUCACAGCCGUCCACGCAGAGCCCCAGCGGAAGCCACAGCCGCAGUACCAGCCCGGUAUGGCGACCGGCACACUCGACGCUAUCGACCAGCACCAGCGCUCGAACAAGGCCUCGUCGACCGCUACAAAACCCCAGACCCGCGUCCACGAGCAUGAGAUCGAGCAGAUUGUGGCGGAGGAGAAGCUCAGCCGUUCCAAACUGCCCAAUUACCCUGGCCUUGAGCGAUGGACUCUCGUCGAGAAGAUGGGCGAUGGCGCCUUUAGUAACGUAUAUCGCGCCCAGUACAAGUCCGGACAGUCGGGAGACGUCGCCAUCAAGGUCGUCAGGAAGUUCGAGAUGAGCUCCAAGCAGGGCGAUAAUCACCUUCACCCGAGCAUCAAGAAGAAGCAGGUGGAGCGCGCGAGUAUUCUCAAAGAAGUCCAAAUAAUGCGCCAACUUGACCAUCCUAACAUCGUAAAAUUGAUCGAAUUCUCUGAAUCGCCCCAGUUCUACUACAUCGUUCUAGAAUUAUGCCCUGGUGGCGAACUGUUCCAUCAGAUCGUUCGCUUGACCUACUUCAGCGAAAACCUGUCCCGUCAUGUUAUUUUGCAAGUUGCUAAAGCCAUAGAAUACCUACAUGAAGAAUCUGGAGUCGUCCAUCGCGAUAUCAAACCAGAGAACCUGCUCUUCUAUCCAGCACCCUUCACCCCAACAAAAAACCCCAAACCUGUUGCCCCCGGCGAUGAAGAUAAAGUCGAUGAAGGUGAAUUUACCCCUGGUGUUGGCGCGGGCGGCAUCGGUGUCAUAAAAGUUGCAGACUUUGGUCUCUCAAAGGUUAUCUGGGAUAGUGAAACAAUGACUCCCUGUGGUACUGUCGGUUAUACGGCCCCUGAAAUCGUCAAAGAUGAACGCUACUCCAAGUCAGUUGAUAUGUGGGCAUUAGGCUGUGUUCUAUACACUCUACUCUGUGGCUUUCCGCCCUUUUACGAUGAGUCGAUCCAGGCUUUGACCGAAAAGGUCGCGCGUGGCCAAUAUACCUUCCUUUCACCAUGGUGGGAUGAAAUCUCCAAGUCCGCCCAGGACCUGGUCUCACAUCUCCUCACUGUUGACCCCGAUAAGCGAUAUACCAUCAAAGAAUUCCUUGCUCACCCAUGGAUUAGACAGACGGACGAAGAAACGACUGCUGCCGACGAUGCCCCUCCCCUCGCCACCCCACUUGUUUCCAAUGUCAACAAGAUCCUCGAGGCCCCACUCACUGGCAUCGAUCCCAAUUCUCGUCGCGCUGACUUCCGCUCCCCUGGCGCGAUGAACCUACGCGAAGUCUUCGAUGUCGGAUAUGCAGUCCAUAGACAAGAAGAGGAAGCCAAACGCCGCAAGGCUGGUUUCAAGGUCGGAUACAGAGGUGCAGCCCUCGACCCGCUCAGCGAAGUAGAACAUGUCGACCAGCAACAAGAGUACGGUGGCGAUGACGCCGAGUUCCAAGGCGAAAUGCAUUACUACGACCAAGGAAGUAACGCCGCGGCAACCCUCCCUUAUAGCAAAGCUCAACCAGGACAACAGCUACAACAACAACCACGCGCAGGAUACAACCCUGACGUAGCAGCGGUUGAAAACAAACUACGAGGUACUAAUAUCAGCACAGGCCAGCAACAACAGCAGAUGAGUGCAGCUGCACAGGCCCGUCGCGCAGCUGGCGCAGCUACUGCUACAAAACAGCCACAGCAGCGAGGUCGCCAGCAAUACCAGCAAGGUGGUUACGGCCAGCACAGUGCAGCGGUGGCAGCUGCAGCACGGGAGAACGCCGCUCGGUCGGCGCAGCAGCCAUUCGAGCUUAGCCUAGAUAACGCUACGUUGCUGGGGAGGAGGGGGAGGAGGAUGGCUGGACAACCUGUUUCGUGA